ACUAUUACAUGCACACGUAUACCUAGCCAGUGGAAAAGAAAAUCGAGUUACUCACAUUCAUCCAUUCUAGAGAGAUUUCCAGGCUCACUGGGAGGGCCUGGCCUCUCCCUGAGGGGGAAUAAAAGGGCUCCCUGACAGCCCGUCCCCAGUCACACUCAAGUGAGCAGAAGGCUCCUGCCCUCCUGUUGCACCGAGGGGACCCCACCCUGGCCACAUGGAGAGGAUGCUUCUCUGUCUGAUGGUCAUCCUUCUGGGGACAGUGGCCCAUAACUCAAGCUCCCGAGGGCAAGAUCGUCGCCUCAUGAUUAGAAUGCGUCACCUUAUACACACAGUUGACCAGCUGAAAAAAUAUGUGAAUAACUUGGAGCCUGAACUUCUGCCAGCUCCGCAAGAUGUGAAGGGACGCUGUGAGCAGUCAGCUUUGCUGUGCUUUCAGAAGUUUGCUGGCCAACUCAAGCCAGCCGACCCAGGAGACAACGGAACGAGGAUCAGUUUAUUCAUCAAAAACCUGAAGAGGAGAGUACCUUCUACAAAUGCAAGCAGAGAACAGGAACUCAUUCCAACAUGCCCUUCAUGUGACUCCUACGAGAAGAAACCACCUAGGGAAUUUCUGGAAGGACUGAAGUCGCUUCUCCAAAAGAUGGUUCACCAGCAUCUUCCCUAGACUCGAGGCAGAAGAAGGUUCCUGGAGACCCGACUUGGAGCUGGGCACUACGUCACACACUCCAACAGCAGUCGGACUCACUUCUUGGUACUCUGAGAGCAGAAGUGCAGUCCAUUGGUGUGGGAAAAGACCUCAGUAAGUGUGCAAAGCUAGGAUCAUUCCCCAAAUUAGUACGCAGUACUUCAGGGCCAGGAGUCUGACUUCCCAGGUCAUGGGUUUCUAUGGCUUCUGCAUUUUUACUUUAUCUCACUGCCCAACUGUGACAGUCCUUGGCUGAUGGAGAAGGCUAAAAUUGUUAACCAAAACCAAAAAUACUCCUCAAGAAUUUAUUGAUCUUCCGUUAACUUUAGUGUUAAUUACCACAAGAAUGGGUUCUGUCAUGACCAGACCUUAAAAGUACAUGCCUUCAUUCAAGCUGAACAUAGAGAAGCAUAGGAUCAAAAUGAAAAGUUGAAAUCUGUAUUCUUUUAAGGAAAUGUAAACUGAAUGUUUAAAAAUGCAUAUCUGAAGAGUUUACGUUUUAUUUCAAAGUGCCUAACAAAUAAAUAUGUAACUUAUUUAUGUAUCAGGGGACAGAUUUACCAGAUGGGGACCAAAAAAAUCUUGCUUUUUUAUAGUUUUGUCAAAAAUAUUUAAAUUCUAUAGUUAUGAAUGUAUUUAUGAAAUAUACUUGGCCUUUGAGGUUUGCAAACAUGUCAAGUGAGAUCUGCAGAGGGACAGGCACUGGUGGCCUUCUGGGAUGGAGGGUUGAGGCCGUCUCCUGGCUCUCAGAUGGUGCGGUCAUACUACAAGGGACCCAGUAACUCCAGAGGUCUCCUUCCUCCAUCUUUGCUUUCUUCUUUUUAAAAUGAAACUUAUGUGAUGAAUAUACUUCAGAACAGGUUUCUCAUGUUAGAGACUCAGUGUUCGCUUUGGAGAAGACAAAUUCAGUCACUGACACAAACUCAAAGCUAGGAGACAAAGUGGCCGGAGGCCUGUCUCAGGCUUCCCGGUAAACUUCCCAAUCUUUUGGUCAAGAGUCGUAAAAACAAGAUAUCUGCUCCAACUGAUCUUUCAUAUCGAUUUCAGCAGAGUGUGUUUAAAUAGCAAGUUAAAAACUCUAGAAAAAUAAAAUUUUCGCUAGACUGGUAUAAGCUAUUUGAGAAUUUCUUAUUGUUCAGUGGCUCUGAGCAUGCGAGAGCAGGAGGUGGGAGUGCUUUACACUCUGAGAAGAAAACUUGUCCACUUGAAAGUGUUUUCCAGACAGAUUCAGAUUGGAAAGGUGCGUCCAGCAUGAUCAUUUACUGAAAGCUCCUUGAAGUGCUUUAUCGUCAGAAAUGAGUCACUUUUUUAAGCCUCUAGAAUAUGCUAUCCGAGGGACUGUGGGAGCAUGGCCUGGGAUGGCCACAGCAGCCUGCUGAGCCUCCGGGGUGCCACCCAGGCUGCUGGGCAGAGCCAAGAGCUGGCAGGGGCCAGGGAUGCAGCCCCCCUGGAGCGCUGGAAAGACCCAGACUGUGUUUGGGCUUCAGGCUUUAUACUUGCUGACUUCUUGACAUUGUGAUGUUCUAUUUAAUGUAUUUAUUUUGGUGUGUUUACUGUUAAAGAUCUAUCCUAGCCCUUUGGGCCAGGCUCUUCACUCUAAAAGUGAGCAGGACUCUCGGGGGGCUGGCUGAGGACCUCGACCUUCAGGCUCAGCACAGCCCCAGCGCCAGGAGAGGCAGUGCUGCCCUCUGCAGUGCCGCCUCCAGGAAGCCCGUCCAGAAGGGACGGAGGAGAACCUGGACACCACCGCUCACCUGGGGACAGUGACCCGGGACACCUGCAUCCGUGGGCACUGAUUGACUUGGAGGGUUUCCACUUCCUUGUGUACAUCCAGGGCGCUGGACUCAGUCCCCAGGGGCUGCUCUUUUCUGCAGAGCUGUGGCCACGUGAGUCUCUCGAGUUCUGGGCGCUCCUGCAGGAGCAGGGACCAGCCUUGCAGCGCCACUCCAGCAGAGCCUGAUGCUCCAGUGCUCAGCGUGAUCCCAACACCAUUUGUAGGAACAGAAAAAGGUUCUGAGAGGAAAGGCACAGAGGGGAAACUCUGCUGUAGGUCCUGGAUUUCAAGGAAAAUUAAUCUGAAUUUUGACUAUUUUAGCUGAAACUGUCUUCUCUGGACUCUUGUAUAAAAUUGUAGCAUUAUUAUUCUAUAUUAUUGCUCUUCUGUAUUUACAUUUGCAUCUGAGAAUUUAGUUUUAAUAUAA